UACAUUCGGUGUGGCAUACGUUUCGCGUCGUGCUGCACACCAAUUGUUUUUUAAAAGCCCUGGUGUAGGAAGAAUGGCGGAUUCGACUGGUGAAGAUAUCCAAGAAACAACUGCUGUCCAGCAGGCAACAGAGAACGAUUCGCUGGAACAAGAUGCCCCAAUAGAGGAAACGCAGGAUCGCAGUCACGUCGUACAAAAGUCUAAGUGGACCGACUGUUUUCGACAUUUGUUUUCAUCCGGCAGACGUCGGAAUCUGGAACAAGUGGUUUGCGAAUCCAGAGACACUCGUCAGCCUGGAGAGGCAUCAUCAAACGAGACAGAAGGCCCAAACGAAGCUAAUAAUUUAGCUGGACAACACGCGGACUACUCAGUCCUUUCCGGUGUUUUCAACAGCAAGAAAACGUUGGCCAACGGCCUAGUGGAUUUCGCUUUCCUAACGGCCAACGCCAACCAAUUGCACAAUGCCGUCAACUCGACCUACACCGAAGGUCCCGAACGGCUCAUUUCCAUUGUCCUCAUUUCAAUCAGCUUGAUCUUACAGCUCGUAACGGGCGUCUUAUUAAUUAUCGGCUCUUACAUCAAAUCGAAAUCGAUGGCCGUCAAAGACUUGGAGCAAUCGAAUUCGAGUCCGGCAAACGUCGCCGCCCAACGGCGAUUGCACUGGCUGAAUAAGAUCGAUCACUUGACGCUGGCCCUCGUUUUCUUUAUCGCCAUUAUUAACGUGUUUAUAGCCGCAUUUGCUACACCCCAAUCUUCAUCACCAUCAUCACCUAAUAAUACAGCAAGUUAAGUCCUCGUCCAGUUUAUCAAAUCAUAAAAAUUUUUAAUAGUC